UUAAGAUGUCUGGCAACCCUGAAAGAGCUCUAAGACUGAGUGGAACAAUGAAGAACGAAAAGUAGUUUUGUGGUUGGUUUUGGGAGACAUGUAAGGAGAGGGAAGUUGUGAGGUCUGAGAAUAUAGGGCAAAGUCUGAAGUUUUCUAUUAAAUGACCUAAAUAGGCAAGAUGGGGCUUUUUCAAAGACCUAUAUGAGAAUAGAUGAGUCAUUUCUGAAAUUAUGGCUUCUACGUUUUAGUCAGAAGGUGGUGAAUCCUAAAUAUAUAAAUUUUGGCCCAGAAUUUCAUACUAUAAAGGAUAAUGCUUCAUUGAAAACCUCAUUUUAUUGUCAUCCCUCUCUCAAUAGUGCAAACCAAGGCACCCAAAUAUGAGGCAGAGGUCCAGGUCUUCUUUACCAGGACAGGGAGGGAAGCCUGAGAGUUUGGUAGGUCCCAAAGAGGGACCGCUCCAGCACUUAGUCCUUGAGAACACCUGUCUGGUGCCAGUUUGAUCCAGGAAGCAGCCCGUCUUUGGGCUCGUUUUUUCGGGUGGCAAGACAUCUGAUCCACCUCGAGAACAAGUUCCCUGUUGCUUUACACACUUCGCUACAGCUAACGCUGCUGGCGGCGGUUGGGCUCUCUGCUGAGGAAGGCACAGCUCACAUGUACCCCGGGGAAGGGGAUGUUAAGAUCUGCAGAGGGCUUCCCGCAGGAGGAAACAAAUGGGAGUUGCUGGUGGUCCAGACAGUUUAGCAAAGGACGUCUCUGGGAGGAAAGUGACUCGUACUCAGAAGGUCCGGUGCGGAUAGGUGGAGGGUACCAUUCACAGCACUCUGGUACCGGGGGACAUCUUCCCUGCCUCACACAUCCAAUAGCUAACCCUCAGUGGUUCACGUAGCCAAUUGCAGACUUCAGCUGAGCUCCACGCAGCCAAUGGCCGGCCCGAUGCGCUGCGCUGGUGCCCGCCCGCCUGCGACCGCCAAUAAGGACUCUGGCCACCUUCGCACCGCCCCACCCAUCCGCCCCGCCUCCAAGUCGCUAGAGCAGAGAGGGCAGGGCCAGGGACGCUCUUGGGGCGGGGGUAGUGGGGGGGACAGUCAGGUCCUGGCCCUCCGCGCGGGUGGGCUCGGAGCAGGCCGCACGGGGCAGCAGCAUCACUCCCAUCUGGAGGCUCUCUGCCCUGUUCCCCUCUUACCCACCCACACCCGGCCCGUGGUGCGAGGCUGGGAGCCGCCGCCCGGGCUGGACCGCGCUGUCUCUGAAGGGCACAAAUCAGACCGCACCAUGCCUCCUAAUAAAGAGGCCAGCAGUGUUACUAGCUCACCAGCAGGGCUCAUCUGCCUUCCUCCAAUUUCUGAGGAGCUACAGCUUGUGUGGACCCAAGCAGCCCAGACCAGUGAGCUAGACAGCAAUGAACACCUGCUACAAACCUUCAGCUACUUUCCCUAUCCCAGCCUAGCAGACAUUGCCCUUCUCUGCCUACGUUAUGGGCUACAGAUGGAGAAAGUCAAGACUUGGUUCAUGGCCCAGCGCCUCCGCUGUGGCAUUAGCUGGUCAUCUGAAGAAAUAGAAGAGACUCGAGCACGAGUGGUAUACCAUCGGGACCAACUCCACUUCAAAUCCCUUCUCUCUUUUACUCAUCAUGCAGGGCGGCCACCAGAGGAGGUGCCACCUUCUCCAGUGCCACCUUCAGAACAAGUUGGUUUUGGAAUAGGCCCUCUGACUUUUAGAGAGCCCCCCCAGAUAAAAGGAUUGAAGGUAGAACCUGAGGAGUUCUCUCAUAUAUCAACACUGCCACUGAGUCACCAGAAAGCAAAGGAGUCCCUUUUGACACCUGGCAGUGGAACAUUCUCCCAAUCAGAUUUUUGGCAGGAUCUUCAAAGUAGUGGCCUCUCUAAGGAACUAGCAGGCAGUGGUCCUGACCACUCACAUGGUGUAGGUACUUCUUCCUGGAACCACUCCAUAGCUGUCCACCAGUCACGUGCUCUGGAUAAGCCCCCAUCAAUCUCAUUACUUGCCAGUAGUUGUAAGGAGGAGUCAGCACCUAGUAUGACUCCUUCAUCCUCCUCUACCUCCUCUUCUUUCCGGGUACUAGCUAAUGGAGCUACUGCCACCUCUAAACCCCUCCAGUCAGUAGGCUAUAUCCCACAGUCACUCUCACCCAAGGAACAGGCACUACCCCCACAUCUGGAGCCAGCCUGGCCUCAAGGGCUACGGCAUAACUCAGUACCAGGUAGGGUUGGCUCCACAGACUACCUUUCCCCAGAUAUGCAACGCCAACGAAAGGCUAAGCGUAAAACCAAAGAGCAGCUGGCUAUUCUCAAAUCCUUUUUUCUACAGUGCCAAUGGGCACGGCGUGAGGAUUACCAUAAAUUGGAACAGAUCACUGGUUUACCUCGGCCUGAGAUCAUUCAGUGGUUUGGUGACACACGCUAUGCUUUGAAGCAUGGGCAACUAAAAUGGUUUCGGGACAAUGCAGUACCUGGUGCCCCUAGUUUUCAAGACCCAGCGAUUCUUACACCACCGUCAACCCGCUCUUUGAAAGAAUGGGCUGAGACACCACCUCUACCAAUUCCCCCGCCCCCACCGGAUAUACGACCUUUGGAGAAGUAUUGGGCAGCCCACCAACAGCUACGGGAAAUUGAUAUCCCUCAGCUGAGUCAGGCAUCAAGACUUAGCACCCAGCAGGUACUGGAUUGGUUUGACUCUCGAUUACCUGAGCCAGCUGAGGUGGUAGUUUGUCUAGAUGAGGAAGAGGAAGAGGAAGAAGAGGAACUGCCGGAGGAUGAGGAGGAAGAGGAAGAGGAAGAAGAUGAGGAGGAGGAGGAUUAUGUGAUCAUACAGGACUGAGCGAGGGAGGGAUUUUGGGAAGGAAAAGAUCUGUUACUAAAAGAUGAACCAAAUUUUAGUAACUUUAAACAAAGAAACUACAUUUUUUUAAAUUACCUUGUGGCAAAGAAUUUAAAAGCUUUUGUAUUCUUCAGGGUGGGUGAUGGGGUUGUAGUAAGUUGAGGGUGGACCAGGGAGGAUGAUCAUAGUACACAAAAUCAGGGAUUGGAUCAGCAAAUAAUCCAGUACUCUAGCCACAUGUAGAGGAGGCCAAGAACCUGGGUGAGGAAAUGUCUCCUGUUCUUGUAUAGGCUAUUCUUUCCCCUUAAUGUACUACAGAAAAUAGACCUCAGCUGCACAUAUAUAGGAGGCCUGGAAAGAAGGGGUAAAGAAUUCUGACUUAAAUAAUAAUUCUAAUGAAUCACCAAUCCCACCAUUUUCCCUGGAAUAUAAGGCUGUCUUGUACUGUUUCCUUCCUCUCUGAGCACAAAUUCUGUAUAAUGCAGCUAAGAUUCUCAAUAGGUACCAGGCCUUGUCAGAAAUACUCUCUCUUCUUAUAUCAAUUUGAUGGCUGUGUGUUUUACCUGCUUCAUCACCGAAUCACUGGUGGUAAAAAUGUUCUCAUUUUUUAUACUGGGACAGCUUUGUCUUCUACCAUUUUAUCUUUACAAAAUCCCCUCUCUAUUAACUAUUUGUCUCAGGGUAAAUCUUUCCCACAGAGUUUGUAAAAAAGUUUUAAUAAUAGGUAGUGAAUAUUUAGUCUGGAUAUUUAUUGGAGGUGAGAAUUAGGAGAAGAUAUCCUUUAAAAAAGUAGAAUUACAUUAUAGAGUGAUGGAGAAGAGGGGAUGAUUUCUCCUGUUCAAAGGAAGGAUGGUAGGAAGUUCCAGGUUUGGUUUUACAAACUUGACACAAGCUCCUGUCUAGUUUGACAAAGACUGAUUUUUCUUCUUUCCAGCCCCCACCACAACCUCCUUGGCUCAGUUUGCAUCCAAAGAGAAUUUUCCCUCUCUUAACUGAAUUAAUUAUUGAUGUUUUGGAAUGAUUUUCUUCAGUUGGGAUCAUAUACAAAGCAAAAAGAUAUCAAUGGGUUAACUAUCUGAAAAUAAGAGUGGAAGCCCCAAAUUGCUAGAAUAAUAAUAAAAAAGCCAAAAAUAAAA